AUGGCAUCGCAAAAGACCCCUCUGCCUGUCACAACAGCCACAGUCGACAUUGAGAAUGGUGAAAUGAUGCUACGGUCGCGUCAACAACGCAAUCUCGAAGCGCGCGAAACUCAGAAAAAAGCAGAUGAGGCUGUAUUAGCACGAUUCGGGAAGAAACAACAGCUGACUGUGAGCAUGAUAUCGACACUUUGGUAGUUUAGUUGACGCCGUUUGCUUCUUCUAACGUUUCUCCAGCGUCGCUUCAAAUACCUUUCCUCAAUUGCUUUCAACAUGAGUAUUAUGCUCACGUGGGAAGUGGUUCUACUGUAUGUAACCCCUGAAAACAUGUAUGGAACUACUUCUGACUCAAGUCUCACCUGACUCAGCUCGAUCCAAUUUGGUUUAACCAAUGGUGGACCGGGUGGUUUGAUAUAUGGUUUCUUCGCGGCCUGGUUCGGCUCUAUACUUCAAGCGCUGGUCAUGGCUGAACUUUCUUCAAUGAUUCCACUCGCUGGAGGAGCCUUCAACUGGGUUGCUGUCCUUUCUCCCGAGUCGAAUCGCAAAUUCCUCAGCUACCUAACUGGCUGGUUGACUGCGAUAUCUUGGCAAGUUUACAUGGCUGAUGUAGUUUUCGUUUGCUCUUCUGUUCUCCAAGGUCUGAUCAUUCUAACCCAUGCGGAGUAUGUGCCCAAGCUCUGGCAUGCAACAUUAAUGUUUUAUGCCAUUUUAGCGCUGGGGUUGUUUUUCAAUGGGUACUUGGGGCGUUUUCUACCAAGAGUUGAAACAAUAUGUUUGAUAUUUUAUAUUAUUGGGUUUUUUGGUAUUAUUAUACCACUUACAUACUUGGGCAAGCGUCGUACAGCAGCAGAAGUAUUCGGAACAUUUCAAAACCUUGGAGGAUGGAAUAGUAUGGGCCUCUCAUUCUUUGUUGGCUGGAUAACCUCAACGUCAGCUUUUCUAGGUAAGUUGACAUCUGAAACUAAAACUCUAAAAACGCUCCCAGAACUAAUCGUGGGUAGGCGUCGACGGGGCAGACCAUAUCGCUGAGGAAAUUGAUAACGCAGCUUCAGGUGAGUGACGUUCUCGGUAGAAUUGUUCCUUACGCUCGACGCAUGAUAAAAAACUCUCAAACACCUACCAGAUAAGUAGACUGACUGUUGAUAUUCAUGUAGUGAUCCCUUUCAGUAUAUGGUUCUCAACAAUCUUCAACGGUGUAAGUCACCAAUGCAUUCCCAGUAAAUUUCAGCCAAUCAGCGUCCUUGAACUCUCACUCUUGCUCUAUAUACUUAUACUCUAAUAGGCUUUCGGCUUGGGGAUCAUCCUUGCGGUUCUCUUUGCCACUCAGGACUUUGCAGCUGCAUCAACAUCAGUGACUGGAUUUCCGUUUAUGGAUAUAUUCUCGUCAGCGCUUGGUCUUGAUAUCGCAACAGCACUGGUAAGCUCAUAUCAAACCAAAAAAACGGGAAAUCGACAGCUGACCUUACGUAGAUAAUUGUCAUUUCCGUCGUCAAUAUAUUAUCAGUCAACAGUGUUCUUGCAACUGCUUCCCGUACCUUAUGGGCGUUCGCUCGAGAAAAUGGUCUGCCAUUUUCGAGCUUCUUAGUCAAGGUUGGCAAUCAUUGGGCUCGUUGGAGUUUAUUUUAGUAUUUCGACUGACCAUGGCAGGUCCAACCAAAAACACGCCUACCACUUAACGCUAACUAUGCGUCAAUCGGGAUCAAUAUGCUAUUGGCACUCAUUAGCGUUGGAUCUACAGCAGCCUUUCAGGUAAAGAGCCCAUUAAUCCUACUACCGUGUCAUGGCUGAUCAGAUCAGGCUUUCUUCUCUGUUGCUGUAGCGGCCUACUAUUCCUCAUUCUUCAUUGCCGCUUGUGUGAUGCUCCAUAAGCGCUUGACGACUCCAGAAUCCGAGCUUCCAUGGGGCCCCUUCCGCCUCGGUAAAAUGGGUUUUCCCAUCACUAUUGGUGCUCUUAUAUAUACAUUCCUCGCUGUUUUCUUUUCCUUUUGGCCUGCGGUAACACCAGUGAACGCUGUUUCAAUGAAUUAUGCUGCACUUAUAUUUGGUGGAUUCCUCAUCAUUUGCUUGGCGUUUUGGUUUAUUCAUGGUCGCAAGGUGUAUGUUGGUCCGAUUUGGGAGUUGCAGGGAGAGUAUGUAAGAACGAAUUAG